CACAUGGCCAUCUCCGUCGCCAGCUCGUCCGGCAGCCCGUCGCGCUCCUUCUUCGGUUUGUUCCCCGAGCCUGAGAAGGCUCCCCCGUCGCCUCCGCCGAAACUGAGCAUGUGGCAGCGAUUGGGACUGGCACGAUGGCUGCAUCGAGACGACAGCCCGCGCUCCAGCUCGCCCGGCGACGUCCCGCGCAGCCGCAGCAGCAGCACCAGCAAACCGCUCGCCAGCAACCUCACCCGCCGCCUGUCCCGCAAGGUCGGCGUCGGCCUGCCCCGGCCUCCCACCUUCAGACGCCAGACCUCCGAGCGACGAGAUCGUCUGGCCCCGGCCGAUCCUGAGCCCCGCCGCGCCCGUUCCGCGGAACGUCGCCGGACCCUCAGCGCCCAGCGGACGACGACGUCUCCACCCCCCGCCUCCGUUGCCGCCAGACUCUCCGCCCCCGAGGUCCAGUCGUGGGCCGGUGACGAUGUCCAGGAGACAGUGCCGGACGAGGGCCCGGCCGCGCACGAUGGCUUUCAGGACGUGCCGGAUCCCGCCGGUGAUCUCGCCCAUACGGACCCGGAGCCGUACCUCCACGACGUCUACGACCGGCCCGAGGACGGGGAGGACUCGCUUGAAGCGGAAUUGGAGAAGAAAUGGAUCCUCAACCUGAGCAUGCACUUCCGGGACAAGUCGGAGCGCGAGAAGUUCUUCGUCACCUACGCCGAAACCCCCAAUCGAUGGCGGCGAGUCACCAUUUCCUGCGACUAUCGCGGCGCGCCGCCGGACUCGUUGGAGCAGGACCUGAAGGAAUUGCACUACCAGCGCGAUAAGAGCGCCCGCAUCUACGAAUCCAUCCGUGAGUCGCUCCCGGAGAUCCAGUUCUACGACACGGUCACGAACCUCAAGCUCGAAACGAGCGACGGCCGCCUCCACGUCCACGUUACCGAGGACGUCAACGAGAUCAUUCCCUACCCGCCCGUCUCGAGUGUCCGGCAUCUCGGGGCCCGCCUGGUGCCCGAGUAUAAGCUCCAUUUUGACGCCCAUCUGUCGGGGUUUGUUUACCGGAUCCUGCUGGACGGCAAGCCAUAUAUCAAGAAGGAGAUCCCCGGUCCCGAUACGGUGGACGAGUUCCUGUACGAGAUCAACGCUCUGCACGCCCUGAGCGGUGCCUCCAGCGUGGUCCAGGUUGAGGGCAUCGUCGUGGACGACUACGGAGAGAGGGUCAAGGGUCUACUGAUCAGCUACGCCGAAAAGGGCGCGCUCGUGGAUAUCUUGUAUGACUACAGAGGACAGCUGCCGUGGGCGCGGAGAGAACGCUGGGCGAAGCAGAUUGUGCAGGGUCUCUGCGAGAUCCACGAAGCCGGCUACGUCCAGGGCGAUUUUACGCUCUCGAACAUCGUCAUCGACGCCGACGAUAACGCCAAGAUCAUCGACAUCAACCGACGAGGCUGUCCGGUCGGCUGGGAGCCGCCCGAGAUCGCCGCCAAGAUUGAAAGCAACCAGAGGAUCUCCAUGUACAUCGGGGUCAAGUCGGACCUGUUCCAGCUGGGCAUGACGCUCUGGGCGUUGGCCAUGCAGGAGGACGAGCCCGAGCGCCAGAGUCGCCCGUUGGUGCUGCCUGCUGACGCCAAGGUCCCGGAGUACUAUCGCAGACUGGUGUCGCUCUGCCUCAGUCCCCGGCCGCAAGACAGGCUGUCAGCGAAAGAACUCCUGGCCUUGUUCCCCUCGGACCUGCCCGAGGACGAGCCCAACUCGGCCACUCUAGGGUCGGACCGGACGACGGGGCCCCCGUUUUACGAUGCCUCCGAGACGUCCGUCGACCAGAGCGUUUGUCUGGAUCAUCAUCACCACCAUUACCACCAUCACCACCAUCAUCCCAACAUGCUGUACGUUCCGCCGACGGAUUACGGAGAUGAGAAUUAUCCGUCUCGCGGCCGACAUCCUUCCACGCAUACGCUCCAUCUCAGUGAUUACCAUCUGUCAACCUACCUACCCUCUAGUGCAUCUUCGCAGCGGGAUCGACGGCAAUCGAUCUCGCAGAGUGAUUUCGAAUCCCAGGUGAUUCCCCAGGACCCGGGCCAGGAGCCGCGUUUCGAAGAAGUCGAGAUCAACGGGACGCCGUAUCUGGUGCACCCGGAUGCUUUUACCGCUGAAGAGUUCCAGGCGAUGAGAGACCAGGUGCAUCAGUCGCACCACGCGCAGGACGUCCAAAGCGCGCAGAGCUCCGGGUUCAGCCGCGUCGUGGUGCCGUCGUCGACCGGUGAUGCUGGCAAGGAGAAGGAAACCGAAGGAGACUUGGAUCCGGGUCUGGACGCGCGGUACCGCGAGUCGAAAUCCGGCCACGGCAGCGAGCAGCUGGAACCGUUUCAGAUUGGGGCUCUUUCGGGGGAUCUUGCAGGGGUGGGUGGCCACCCGGCGUGCUCUCUAGAGCAGAAGACUGGCGGUGACGCAGCGGCAGCUGUUGCUACUGCGAACCAAGUAUUCGAAUCGCAACCAUCAUUAUCGACCAUGCGGUCCCUAGACACGGAAGUGCAGAGGGCGGUAGAGCAGCAGCCCGCAGACCUUGCGUCGAGAUAUUACAACAGUAACAGCAAUAGUUCGCUACUCGACUCGCAACUACCAAUCAAUCCCGCGCUUCCGCAGACACCAUCACCACCACCGCCAAAAACCGAACAACGACCAGCCGGACCUCCAUCGCGGACCUCGUUCCUCCUCGACUCGAGAUUACCCAUCAAUCCAGCGUGUUCGACCAUCUUCUUCGACAGUCCGUAUCCGGCGGCGUCGCUGUCUGCGCAUUUGUCUGUGUAG